GGGGUUAGUAAGGAGCGCCAGACGCAGUGUUGUGGUACGUCAUCUGACUCGUUCAUCAGAUUUAAUAAGUCUCUUCCUUACCUUCUAUUUCUUUCCUGAAUUGUGAUGAACGAAGCCGCCUUGGAGGUGGCAGCAGGGGUCAACUCUACAGUGGCACAGAUCACUUCAGCACUGCGUUUGCUGGUUUCUGCUGCUACCGCCAUCGUCUUGGACGCUGAGGGUCAGGUGUCUCUGCAGUCCUUCUAUCAGGUUACAGUUAUUGAUAUACAGUGUAUCAGAAGUUCCAGUGUACAGCUACAUCUGCCAACUGCUGUUGAGCUAUGACAUGUUUUAUUUAACAUCACAACUGUGGUGCAAAACGCUGCAUAUACUGGCUGGGAACAUUUUUUGUGGUGGUUAGGGCCAACACCUCUACAAGGUCAUGUGUUGAAAGCUCUCAUCUUUAUUCUGGUAGCCAACUUCUUCCUCAUCAAAGUCUUUUGGUGUGUGUAUGCUAAACGGAUCUCUCAUACACUGUCAUUUAACAGCCUUCGUGUUGUGGAAGACGUGUUGAAGAAGAACACAAGCUCAAAGCCAUCAAAGAAGGAAUUAACAAGUAAAAUUGCAAUCUAGUACUUCAGCAGUAGACCUCUACCAAAUAGAAGAGAUGGAUGCCAUCAAGAAAUUUUUUGAGAAAAAGAAGGCAGAUACUAAGUUUAAGGUUGCUGGUCAUGGACGCAGCCUGACAAUGGGUGAUGGUCCAACACAUCUUCGAUCUCAGCCAUCUAGGAGUGUACCACAGCACCGCCAUACUCCUACACACGAUGCUCAACGUGCUGGAGCAGCAGCUCUAGCAAGAAUGGAACAACAGUCAAAGAAGACAGAUGUUAACUGGUCCCUACAAGCCAUUAAGGCUCAGGCACGACGUGAACUUGAAGCUGAGCAAAAAGCUUUGGAACAAAUGACUCUAAGUGGACAAGAUAUACCACCAGGGCCUAAAGAAGUUAACCUAGAUGGUGCCCCCAUGCUGGCUGUCCAGGGGGUCUUCUUUUAUUGUUCACUCCUUGGCCCUGAGGUGGCAACAUACGAUGAAAUCAAGAGACAGAUACGUGAAUUCCUUUAUGCUCAGGUGGAGGAAGAUAAGGCCAUCUCCUCCUGCCUCAUCAUCCACACUUGUAAUAAGAAUAAAGAAAAGAUUAGCAUUUGUGUUGAAACUUUGUGCAAGUAUAUUGAAAACAUUGUAACUAACCCCACUGAAGAGAAGUUCCACAAGAUCAGAAUGUCAAACAAAGCUUACCAAGAGAGGAUCCUUCCUAUUGAGGGUACAAAGGAGUUCUUGGAGGCUGCUGGGUUUACAGAACAGGAGCUGCCAUUCAAUGAUAGUGCCGAAAAAUUUUGGGUGUUUCCUGAGGAUAAUCUGAGCGAUGUAGCUGCUCUGGAACAAUUGCGAGAUGCUCUUGUGAGUGCUGAGCCGGUACGCCCACAGCUUGAUCGCAGCCUUACCAUCCUUCUUCCUGCUGAAGCGGCCACACACAUAGACUUGCCAGCAGAAUUUUUCAACUUGACUGCCGAUGAAUUGAAACGUGAAAUGCAGAACAGAGCAACUGCUGUUGAGAGAAGUCAGAUGUUAUUAACAAAAGCCAUGAGAGAGCGACAGGAGUUAAGGGAGAUGAGAAAAUAUAGGUUUUCCCUUAUUCGGGUGCGGUUUCCAGAUGGUCUUAUUCUCCAAGGAACUUUUGGAGUGCAUGAGAAAGUUGAGGAAGUAAUGAAAUUUAUCAGGGAAUGCCUUGUCAAUGACUGGCGCCCAUUCUUCCUUUCCCUAAGUGGAGGUGGAAAGGUCAAUAUUAAGUUUUAUCUUAUCUACAAAUUUAUAUAUGUUAUCAACUUAUCAUUUGUGUGUGAAGUAUGUCCUCAUUUUUAGUCUCAUUAGUUUAUCACAUUCUUAACCCCUUUCAGCAUUUGAGGGACAGUUCUAGUUUACCACCUGAUGUUAACAUGUUUUACAUGUGAUCACAUUUUGUUCAAGCUUGGUUCCAAAGCUAUCUGAAGAGCUACUUUCCAUUAACACCCAGAUCUUUCACUCCUUGAAAUAAAAUGGUGCUCUAUAGGUG